UGUGGAGAGGGGAAGAGAGACCACAAUUCAGUCAUAGCCCAUGUUUAUCGUCACUCGAUUUUCCCGCCAAAUUCGACAGUCACACUCCGCCGCCGUCACGCUCUCGACGCGUCGCCUCUCCUCUUCAGCCCCUCCCUCUCCCUCUUCCAGGCUCCUCGACCACUACUCCUUCAAGUCCCCUGUCUCCCCCUUCCAAAACCCUAACCCUAAUCCUGAACCCUCUACCAAGAAGAAGCAAAAGCCGCCGUAUCGGCCGCCGUCGUCGCUAGAUCGGACAGGGAAGAAGCCGUUGCGCUCCGAUUUACCCUUCGAUUUUCGGUACAGUUACACUGAGAGCAGCCCGGCGGUGCGGCCGAUUGGGCUUCGGGAGCCGAAGUAUUCGCCAUUCGGACCGGGAUUGCUUGACCGGGAAUGGACCGGAGUUUGCGCGCCGGCGGUGGACCCGAAGGUGAGGUCGGUGGAUGGGAAGGAGGAUCCAAAGUUGGAGGAGAAGAGGAGGAGGAUGAGAGAGAAGACUCUUGGUGAGCCGCUUACGGCGGCGGAGAGGAAGAUUUUGGUGGAGAAGUGCCAACGGCAUAGAACUAAGAGGCAAAUUAAUCUGGGGAGAGAUGGUUUAACUCACAACAUGCUUAAUGAUAUUCAUAAUCAUUGGAAACAUGCUGAGGCAGUCAGGAUAAAGUGUAUGGGUGUCCCCACUGUUGACAUGAAAAAUGUGUGCACCCAACUCGAGGAUAAAACAAGUGGAAAGGUAAUCCACAGACAGGGUGGUCUACUUGUAUUGUAUAGAGGCAGGAAUUAUCAUCCCAAGAAGAGGCCUGUGAUUCCAUUAAUGCUAUGGAGGCCCCAUGAGCCCAUAUAUCCCAGGCUGAUAAAAACUGUUAUUGAUGGCUUAAGCAUUGAGGAGACGAAGGAAAUGAGAAAGAGAGGAUUGGCUGUUCCUGCUUUAACGAAACUUGCCAAAAAUGGUUAUUAUGGUAGUCUUGUGCCCAUGGUCCGAGAUGCUUUUCUCACCGAUGAGCUGAUUCGGAUAGAUUGUCAGGGCCUUGAAAGGAGAGACUACAAGAAGAUAGGCUGCAAACUUCGGGACUUCGUGCCUUGCAUCCUGGUGACAUUUGAGAAAGAGCAGAUUGUGGUAUGGAGGGGAAAGGACUAUAAGCCAACAGAGGCAGGGCAGUUCCCCAUAGAACGAGGAUCAUUUGAUAACUGGGACAGUGACAUGGUUGAUGGUGGAGAGCAACACAAGCGCUCAGAUGACAGCUGCAGCCAACUAGCCUUCUACUCUGGUGAUGAGGAGUAGUCGGCUCCUUCCUGCAAAUCACUGGCACCACUUCAUUGUCUGUUUGUUAGAAUGAAUGCCCAUGCUCUUCAAUCAGCAUAUUUGGAUUGUGUAUCAAACUUGGCGUUCAAGAUCCGACAUAUAGUGAAAAUGAGAGGCUACCCCUUUGUAUUUUUCUUCUCUUUUUUCUCUUAUAUUAGAUAUAUCCCCUUUUGGUUGUUGGAUUGUCAAAAUGAUACUCUCACAUGUUUGCAACAGAGUUCAGAAUAGUAGCACAUGCACUACUAUUAGUUUAAGAGUGGAUCUUAGAAAUUAUUAUUAUCCCUUUAUCUGUUUUGUUGUCAUAUGGUCGCGUAAACGAGAACCCGCAGGCAAACCCAUGUCCAGUCUUCAAUAUGGUGUUGAACAGACAACAUUUUGGAGAUGGCUAAAGCUUAAAUCCUCAGUACAGGUGGGAAUCAGACCGAUUUUCGGUUGGAUUUGGAUGGGCAUGAACUCUGUGUAAUGGCUUUGAUGAAAUUUACAAUUGAUCAGAUGAUGAAAUUAUGUGUUUUGUUUAUAUGAUUAUGUUUGAGUUGAA